AUGACGCAGCGCACCUCAAAGAUGGCAUUGGCAGGAGCUGCCGCAGGCGGCAUGGCCCUUCUGAACGCAGCCUCCGCUUUCGUGACCACUCCGGCAGCUACUCAGCCCACCCUCCGUGGAGCCGCCACCGCACAGGCCCAGACCAACAACGCCGCCUCCUCGCUGUCAACGCUGGCUGCUGGUGGUGCUGUGGCCGCUGCUGCGGUGGCAGCUGGCGCUCGUCCAGGCCGCAAGACUCGUGGCACCCCGCUUCCGACGUCGGUGGUUGCCACCAAGGAGAGUGCCGUGACCCGCCGCGCCUUGGACCAGUCCAGCCGUUACGCCGACCUGUCCUUGGAUGAGGCAACCCUGGUCAAGAAUGGCAAGCACGUGCUGGUUGCCUACAUCAUGAAGCCCAAGGCUGGAUAUGACUACCUGGCCACGGCCGCCCACUUCGCCGCGGAGUCCUCCACUGGAACCAACGUGAACGUGUGCACUACCGAUGAUUUCACCAAGUCCGUCGAUGCCUUGGUCUACUACAUUGACCCAGACAGCGAGGAAAUGAAGAUCGCGUACCCCACGUUGCUCUUCGACCGCAACAUCAUCGAUGGCCGCGGCAUGAUGUGCUCCUUCCUGACUCUGGCCAUCGGCAACAAUCAGGGUAUGGGUGACGUGGAGUAUGGCAAGAUCUACGACUUCUACCUGCCUCCUUCGUUCCUCCGCCUCUACGACGGCCCCGCCGUGAACGUGGAGGACAUGUGGCGUAUCCUGGGCAAGGGCACCAGCAACGGAGGCCUUGUGGCCUGCUAUGCAUUCUGGCAGGGAGGCGACUUCAAGAACAAUGAGUGGUCAAUGAGAAUUUGCAUUAACGAGACUGGCAUCGGCAAGCUGUUCUGCACCAACAUCGCAGCAGAUCCCAACGAGAUGAUUGUCCGAGGCACAUACAUUUUGUCCCAGUUCAGACCCUUGUCGGAGACCUGUGCGUUCUUGGUGGAUGGAUGCGUGGCCCGCACCAACGUCCAAAAACAGCAGACUCAACUCGGCUACACCGCCUUUGCGCACACCAAAAUCUCCCGAGUUAUUGGUGCAUCCGGCAUCCACGCAAGCACCAUGAGCUUCGGCAAGAUGGAGGGCGACGCUUCCAACAAGAACACUGCUUUGAUGCUGCAGGACGACGAGGCCGAUGGCACAUUCUACCAGCAGGAGUGGGAGAGCAUAAAGCAGACAACUGCCAUCAUCUCUGGCGGGAUGAACGCUCUUCAUUUGCCUUCCUUCUUCGAGAACCUGGGCCACUCCAACGUGAUCCUGACCGCUGGCGGUGGCUCCUUCGACCACAAGGACGGCGCCAAGCCGGGUGCCAUCUCCUGCCGUCAGGGUGAGGAGGCUUGGAAGGCCUGGAAGGCUGGGCAGUACAGUAACAUCAGCCUGAGCGAUGCCCUGAUCGAGUUCGCCAAGACCCACGACGAGAUCAAGGGUGCCUUCCUGACCUUCCAGAAGGAUGCAGACCAGAUUGCAGACCAG